CACUAGUGACUGUUCAGUUUUCACGCGCCUCUUUCCACUUCUUUGACGUUUCCGAGCGCCCCCCCUCAGUACUAGUAGUAGAGUCCACACUCCACAGGUUUCCGGCGCUCUUGUCGAAUUUCACUUUCCGUUCAUCGUCGCUUCAAAGAAUCGAAAAUAUCAAAGUCAUUGCAAUUAUUCUUGAUUUUUUCUUCCACUUCGGUUCUCUGUAAUUUCUUCAGGGAGCAUUUGAAGUCCUUAUAUCGUCAAAGAAGUUGUUGCCAGGGGCCUACUUUAACCCAGAUUUUAGCAACAGUGGUACGGCUUGCUGAAGGGGACCUGCUGUAACUCAGAUUUCAGCAACGGCGGUAGGGCUUGCUGAGGGGUAGUGCUUGAUUAUUGUGCCAUGUUACAACACGUGUAGCAAAGAAACCACUAUACAAGUUUUUCAAUAGCUGAGGGCCCUAAUCAUGAGGAGGUAUAGUUCACCAUAUUACAGUCCUCCAAGGAGAGGAUAUGGAGGUCGACCUAGAAGCCCUCUAAGAAGGGGCUAUGGUGGAGAGCGUGGUAGGCGUAAAGAGCAAAAUCAUGGAAGUCUUUUGGUUCGAAACAUUCCUUUGGAUUGCAGGCCAGAAGAACUUCGAGUUCCCUUUGAAAGAUUUGGAUUAGUCAGGGAUGUCUACCUUCCAAAGGACUAUUAUACAGGGGAACCUCGUGGCUUUGCUUUUGUGCAGUUCGUUGAUCCCUAUGAAGCUGCAGAGGCUCAAUAUCAAAUGAAUGGACAGAUUUUUGCUGGUAGGGAGAUAUCUGUAGUUGUUGCUGCUGAGACUAGAAAAAGGCCUGAAGAGAUGCGCAGAAAAGCUAGGACUGGUGGACCUGUAGGCUAUGGGGGACGACGGUCAUCUUACUAUGGGCAUUCUAGGUCUCGCUCUCGUUCACGCUCCCCUCGAUAUGCUUCAGGUUCUAGAGGUCGAUAUAGAUCAAGGUCGUACUCUCCUGCAGCAAGGGGCCGUAAUGAUUAUUCUAUUUCUCCACCGAGAAGGUAUGAUGAUCGCCCUAGAUCUCCAAGAGAUCAUCUGCAAGACCGAGACCGCGUUCAUAUUCACAGGUCAUAUUCUCCUGGUUACCAUGAUGUGGCUGACCGAAAUGGCAGCAGCUAUGCCAAGAAAACUGAGCUUGAAUCUGGGGAAGCAGUGGCUCACUGGAGACCAUCCCCUGGUCAGGCAUCAAGGUCACCCUCUGGAUCCAGAUCUAGGUCAGCUGAUAUUUCUCCCAGGCAUGGCAGAUAAAGACAAACACCACAAGGAGGAGAAUUUGAAAUGUUUUCCCUCAUCAUUUUGUACAUCAGCGUGUUACCUUCUGUCUAUCAACAUUUGGAAGCUGCUCGUGGAUACUAGAUCUAUGUUGAAGAACUUGUUACAUCUUAUCGUUGUUCACACAGUUUUUUUCCCCUUUUUCCUUGGAUCAAAAGACAAAAGACUUGUAUGGGAUUUUCUAGGAGUUUGAUAAAAAGUAAUUUUUAGUAGCUGAAUCAAGCACUGGGUUGCCAUU